AUGACUGUCGUUUUAUCGACACAUCAGUUACAAAAACUGUCUGAGCACAAGUACAGUGCUGAAGGAACUUCUGUGUUGGAGCCAGGGUUUCAAGUAUUUUGGAGGUGGCUUGUUGAGAAAGUUCCCUUAUGGCUUGCACCAAAUACCAUAACAAGUGUGGGAUUAGCAGUCAAUAUACUGACUACAAUGAUAUUGGUAUUCUAUAGCCCAGAUGCAAAGCAUCACGUGCCAGGCUGGGCAUACAUUCUAUGUGGUCUAGGAUUGUUUAUAUAUCAGUCAUUAGAUGCUAUAGAUGGUAAACAAGCUAGAAGAACAAAAACUAACUCACCACUGGGUGAAUUGUUUGAUCAUGGCUGUGAUUCAGUGUCCACUGUUUUUGUGUUGAUGGGAACCUGCAUUGCCUUAAAGUUAGGAAAUCAACCUAAUUGGAUGAUGUUCGAAAUUGCUUCAGCUUCAUUUCUAUUUUAUUGUGCACAUUGGCAGACCUAUGUUUCAGGAACUCUGAAAUUUGGCAAAAUUGAUGUAACAGAAGGGCAAGUUGCAAUAAUUGGUUUAUAUUUUAUAACUGGUAUAUUUGGUGAACAUAUUUGGGAGUUGCCAGUGCCGGUGUUCGGAAGUUUAAAGUUUAUACCCAUCUACAUUAGUAUAGGAGGAGCAAUAUUACAGCUUAAUAACAAUUUUUCAGUUAUUUUAAUGAAAGGUGGAAUAGGCAGAAAUGGUUCUACUGUGGCGGGCACUAGUACAAUAUUUCCAGUUUUUCCAAUAUCUCUAGUCCUUAUAUUAGAAAUAAUCAUACAGAAUAAAUCCCCAACUUUUAUUUAUCAUCAAUACCCAGCUUUAUAUUUACUCAGUUUUGGUCUGCUGGCAGCUAAAGUUACCAAUAAGCUUGUUGUUGCCCACAUGACAAAAAGUGAAAUGGAAUUGUUUGAUUUAGGGUUAAUAGGCCCUGGAAUGUUAUUUUUAAAUCAAUAUUUUAAUUGUAUCAUAAAUGAAUAUAUAGUUUUAUGGCUGUGUUUUAUAUGGUGUUUGUUUGAUCUAAUAAAGUAUUCCACUCAUGUUUGUAUUGAAAUAUGUGACUAUUUGAAUAUCUAUUGUUUUACUAUUACCAGUACACCAAAACAACAACAGAAAGGAGGUCAGAAUGGAAAAAAUAAAUCUUUUUAA